AUGGAAUACACUGGCAGCAAUCACGAGGGGGAUAUAAAAAAUGGAAGGUUAAGAUAUCUUUACUUUGUAGCAUUGUCUGCAUCGUUCUCAAACUAGCUAUAGUAAUCACAUUUGUGUUCAUAAUUCCAGAAUGGAAGGUCAAGCGGAAUACACUUUGCCUCCGUCACUUGAAACAAAAUACGUCGGCGAAAUGAACGAUGGAAUGUAAGUUCAUUUUAUUUUUUUCCUUUUGGGAUACGUUCCCGGUAAGCGGUUGCCGUUACUUUGAGUGGUUUUGUCGUCAUCACAUAAAUUCAUUAAGGAUGUCAAAGUGAACGUGUCCUAAAUAACGAUUUAUACAUUUUCGGUAACGGAUGUUAUAGUCAGCUAGUGUAAAUUUCAGUGAUCUUUUCUUUACAGUUUUUACUUUUGUGUAAUUUUCAUCAAAUAAUCGAGAACUAGAAAUAAUUUGCAAUUAGUUUGUUUGACGUCACGCACGUUUAUGAAUGACGCACUUGUCAAUAUAGCGUGACAAAGUGUGACGCACGAAACUUAUUUGCUAUGUUGAGUAAUUUUGCUUGCUUGCUUGCUUUCUUUUGAUCUUUAUUUAACAUGUUACCUGUGGGGAGCCAGUUAAGAUGUUGCAUUCUUAGAACUGAUUGUUCUUUUUUCACUCCGAACAUUUGCUCCAGGCGAAAGUCCUGAGUUCCAGCAUUUUCCUUCAUGAUGUCUUUUCCAUUACUUGUUCAAUGCUGUUCCUAGAUAUAAUUUUUUCUAAAUAUUGUCAGUUUUGAUUUUGGAUUCAAUGUAAAAGAUUUGUUUCUUUUGCUGAUGAAAAUUCAUGGAUUAAAUCUCAAUCCUUUCAUACUGUGAUCAAUCAGUAGCUAUAGUGAUUAAUGUACUAUACCUCUUUAUCUGUUGCAUUUCAUUCUCUAUAGUGUCACAAUUUGAAUUAAAUUUCCUUUAUUGAAAUGUGCUAAUUUUGGUUAAGGUUUCAUGGGGAAGGGACUUUGUUUUUCUCAAAUGGAAGCAAGUAUGUUGGAAAAUGGGAGAAAGGAGUUGCUGUUGAGGUACGUUUAACAUUGUAACCAACUUAGAAAGAACUGAAAACAUAAAGAAAAACAAAAUUGCUAUCAAAAUGCUCUGAAUCAUUUGUUAAGUUGCUUUAGAAAUUGAGGUUGAAUGGUUUCUCAUCCCUGAACCUCUCCUCUCCCAACUUUUGCCUUCACAUUGGAGGGGAGUAGGGUGGGUUAAACUAAAAUAUUUUAAGCUUUUCACCAGCUCAACAAACUGAUAAUGCAGAGUUUGUGGUACAUGCUUUCCAGGGUAAAUAUACAUUUGCUGAUGGCUUAGAAUAUGAUGCAGAGGAUUGGGAGUACUGCGAUGGAUAUGACAGAAGAUUUUAUACAGAGAUCUGCCAUGGACUUAAGCCAGCAGGUACUUCAUUGUUACUAUUGUUAGAUGCACAUGCAAGGUUUGGAAUAGGAAAUUCCCUUUUUCUAAUAAUGUUCUUUCUGUUGCCCUGUAGGGCGAUCCCAGCUCACAAAUCGUAUUCCACCUCGAGAGAUUCCAGAAGGUUGCUAUGAUUGUGGCGAUGGUUUUUACAACCCUGUAUCGAGAGUAGUUGUUGACUAUGAUCACAAGUUUCUUCGAAAUGCAGGUUAGUGAGUAAAUAUAAUAUGAAAAGAAGUCCACGCACCAUCAAUAUGUAUAGUUUUUGAUACAAAAGCAAACCAAAGUCAGUUUCCUAUUCACUCAUUACCUUUACCAGAAAUUGUUGAAUUUUUGCAGCUGAUCUGUUUUACUCAAACUAUCUACAGUGAAACUAUCAUUAUUGUUUUCCACCAGAUGAUGAUGAACACAAUUGGAUUCUCAAAACAUGUAGAAAAGGCUGGGACGAAAAUGUGGGAUACAGGCCUGAUCUUAUCAAGUAAAUCAUUGCAGAAAUACGCCAUCAUCACUGUCAGCCCAAAAGCAGGUGGAGUGGAAAGUGACAGGCUCCAUGUACAGGUUAAAAUAAUGGACCAAGAUGAGUUCCUUUCCUGUUUUGAUGAUCAUGAUGUCAUCUUUAACUGGUAGAGCUCAUCUUCUUCUGCAAAGUCAAGUAAAUUUUUCAACAGCUCUGACCCAUGCCAGAAACCAGAGGGUUUUUCAGGUUGGCUUGCAGGUUACUGAAUAACUUGCCAGACCACAAGUGAUUUGAAAUUCCAGUUUUGUUGAGAAAAAACAUAUCUAUGUAUAGCUUGUACUGGCAUAAACUUAGUGGAUUAAAGAGAACAACAUUCAUCUGAACUGCUCUUAUAGGGGACAUUUUACAUGGAAAGGAAUGCAAAACUGCACAUAAUUUUGG